AUGGAUACGGAAAGAUCGGAGAUGGCUGAAAGCAUCUCCAUUACCGGCCACACAAUCGACUGGAAUGCAGCGGAAAGACUGGCCUCAUGUGGAGAGAAGACGAUGAUUCACAAGAUCAGAGAGGCUGUGGACAUGCUCUUUCAAAGAAACCUGAUGAACGGAAGAUUGGAAGAGGGAAGAGUCAGCGAUAAUUUCGCGUACGAUCUGAGCAGGCUGGGAGAUUCAGCGAAGACAUCAAAAAGGACAACUGUUCAACAACAGGACGAGACAUCGUCAAGGUAA